GGGCGGAAUACACUUUUAAGGGUUUUUUUUUUUUUUUUUUUAUCCCUGUCACUCUUCGAAGGAAAAUGAAGAAGAGUAAUGCCGUUGUUGAAGUCCUACUGCGAUUACCGUGAGAAGCAAUUCCAGGACACACCAGCCGCUAGGAAGCGACAUCUCCAAGGCGUCCAGCACCAGCGUGCCAAAGCUCUCUACUACCAAAACUCCUCCUCCUUCUUUUUACCAGCAGAUGCCAAUCACCAGAUGCAUCCUGAGUCCUUCGGGAAAGGAUUCUGCAAUCGAUUCCUCAGAACAGGAUCAUGCCAAUAUGGUGAUUCAUGUAAAUAUUAUCACCCCAAGCAAAACUUCCAGAGUUUAAAUCCUCAAGUCAUACCGGCAGAUAAUAUUCAUUCACCAAGUAUUGCCGAGAGUCAACUAGUCGGAGGAGGACCUUUUCCAGGUGGUACGGUUAGGGAUAGUAUGGGAAUUUCGCUGGGUAACUUACCUCCAUCACUUAAGCCACCGCCAGAGGGUGGAUAUCCUCCUCUUCCAUUUAUUGAUAGGGGAUAUUGAUUGGGUAUAGUAUGAGAUACGGGUAGCUGCAGAGAAGGAGCUCAUGUGUUCUUUGUUUCAAGUGAAUAUGGAGCUGAUACCAUGAUUUCUGAGUGGCCGAAGUGAGUUCUCUUUGUUCCUCC